AUGGGGCUAUUUACACUAUUUGCGACUUUCUCUGCCAUGAUGGCGGCAGUUGAGACUGUAUCUAUUGCCUCCAACUCGCCAUACGGCUCUGCCAGGAGGAGCUCAGCUUCAUUGGUUGCAUCGGAUGGAAAGAAUCACCCUGAAUUCGACCGAUAUGGAAGAAGCAAGCGUGACGCCUACUCCAAUAUCGCGCUAUAUGCUGGCGGAUGUGAUCCCGGCACACCGCGCGCGCUAUGUGAUAUACUGAGACAUGUCACUCAGCCUGCUAUUGCGUGUGUACAGCUCUAUACGGACGCCAGACGAUGUGACCUUUUGUACAACGUGCACAAUAAGAGAAUCGAGCCUUCUGGCAACGGUAAUUUGCAACCCAAGUAA